AAGUUGUUUCCGACGUGACGGUCAACGUAUAGUAAUUCCUUUGUAAAGGGAGUCAGCCAAGUGCUAAGCAUGUAUGAUUAUAAACUUAUCCUCCACUUGUUAAACAAAAAGUCAAGAUUACAAAUCAUCAAAAUUAGCUUUACAUUGUAAACAAUUUUCCUUUUGGAAAAGAAGCUUUCAGUGGCCGUAUUUGCUUUAAUCUUUACAACAAGAAAAAUACAGGUUAAAGAAAACAAUAACUCACAUAGAACAAGAAAAGACGACACUCACAACAUACUCCUAUGUGAAGACAGAGUAAAUUUGUUGACGAUUUGACUACCGGAUAAGUUUAAGCAAUUGAAAAUAGGAAGCUAGAUAUCAGUACUUUGGCUAAACAGGAAGCAUAAAUAAUUGAAUUGCAGGUUAAGAGCAAAAGCAAGCAAGUCUGCAUAAGUUGUGAGCAUUAUUCCAUGGCUAGAAAACCACAUGUACUAGUUGUACCCCUCGCAGCACAAGGCCAUGUAGCUCCUUUCAUGAAGUUGUCCUUCCAAAUUGCUGGUCAUGGAGUGAAAGUCACAUUUGUUAAUUCAGAAUCCGUGCAUGAAAGAAUUAUGGCUUCGGUAUCGGCAGACAUGAAAGAGCAAAGCCUGAUAAGUCUCGUUUCAAUUCCUGAUGCAUUAGAAUCUAGGGUUGGUUCUGUCAACUUCACAAAAAUGGCACAGAGAGGUAUGCCGGGUGCAUUGAAGGAGUUGAUUGAGGAAAUAAACCAGUCUGAUUCCAGUGAGCAGAUCACUUGUGUUUUAGCUGAUACAGUGGCUGUGUGGGCACUGGAAGUGGCCAAGGAAAUGGGAAUCGAGCGAAUUGCUGUUCAUGUUGCUGGACCAGCAGUUUUGGCCCUCUCACUUCACAUUCCACAGCUUAUCGAGGCAGGAAUUGUGGAUAACGAUGGAACUCUAGUGAAAGGUGAAGCAAUCUCAUUAUCAAAUGAAAUCCCUGCCUGGAGCAGGUCUGAUAUUCCAUGGAAUAGCUAUGAUCUAGAAAUGCAGAAAGCUAUAUUUGGACUUUGUUAUUCCUUCCCUAAAAUUGUCAGAUUUACCAACGUGAUUCUUUCCAACACAUUUUAUGAACUAGACCCACCAGCCUUGAAAUUGAUUCCCAACAUCUUACCCAUAGGUCCAUUAUAUGCCAGCAACCAUACGGGAGCUUUUGCUGGAAACUUUUGGCCUGAGGAUUCAGUUUGCUUAAGCUGGCUAGAUAAGCAACCUGCAGGAUCUGUUGUCUAUGUUGCAUUUGGUAGCACAGGAAGGUUUAGCCAACAACAGGUAGAUGAACUGGCACUUGGGCUUGAACUCACUGGCUAUCCAUUUUUAUGGGUAGCCAGGUCCAACCUUUCAAAUGGAUCACUCACUGAAUUCCCAGAAGGAUUCAUAGAAAAAGUAGCUGAUCAUGGAAAAGUUGUGGAAUGGGCGCCUCAGGAAAAUGUGUUGGCUCACCCUUCUGUUGCUUGUUUCGUGAGCCAUUGUGGAUGGAAUUCAACCAUGGAGGGUUUAAGCCAGGGGGUACCCUUCCUAUCUUGGCCUUGCUUCACAGAUCAGUUACAUAAUAAGAGAUAUAUUUGUGAAGUUUGGAGGAAUGGUUUAGGAUUGGACCAAGAUGAAAAUGGACUCAUAACAAGGCAGGAAAUUAGUACAAAGAUAAAAGCACUGCUUUCUUCUGAUGUUAUAAAAGCGAAAGCCCUGCACCUAAAGGAGCUGGCUAGAAAAAGUGUCAAUGAAGGUGGGUCUUCUUUCAAGAAUUUUCAGAGCUUUAUUAACCAGAUAAAGAAUAUCUAGGCCAGACUAAUAUGUUUGAUGCAAACAUGAGAAUUAGAUAAUGUAACACUUUAAUCUGUAUCUAACCUGUGAGAUAUUAUCCGUUUUGAUAUGAAAAUCUCGCAGUUUUAUCUCAUAAAACACAUUCAUAAGUAUGAGUCUAAGUCUCUACAUAUAUAUAUCAUAAUGAAUCCUUAUCCGUUGAGGCGUUACAAAUAAAUAAUAGAAAACUUUAUGCUGCUUGAUUAAUCUUAGUUGUAAACUCUUUUUCAAGGAACGGAAAUGUUG